CUUCUACUCAAAAGCUUAAAUGACUUGCUCAAUUCCAAUGCAUAUUCGGUUGUUUUACUAAAGAAAGAAAUUGGACUGCUGAAAGAAGACCUAGAAUUCACAAGACCGUUCUUCACGAAUGUUGAGCAAGAAUUGAACAGAGAUCUCUGGACUCGUAUUCUAGAUGUUGCAUAUGAGGCAGAACAUGCCAUUAAUUCAAUUAUUGUCAGAGAUCACGGUCUCUUGCAACUUAUCUUCUCACUUCCGGGUAACAUAGAAAAGAUCAAGCUUAUCAAAGAAGAGGUAUCAAAGAAGAUCCAAAAGAACAAGGGUCUUAUUGUCGUAAACUCUCCCAACAAGCUAGUUCAGAUUGGGUUUGAGGAGGAGACAAAUUGGAUAAUAAGGAAGCUCACUAGUGGACCAGCAACGCUAGAUGUCAUUUCGAUCAUUGGCAUGCCAGGACUUGGAAAAACUACUUUGGCUUACAGAGUAUAUAAUAAUAAGUCUAUUGCUAAUCAUUUCGAUGUUCGUGCGUGGUGCACAGUCGACCAAGAGUAUGACAUGAAUAAGAUUUUGCAGAAAAUUUAUAAUCAAGUGAUUGGUUCAGAUGCAAAAUUCAGUGAGGAUUUUGUUGUUGGUGAUAAGCUCCAAAGAGAGCUAUAUAGAAGGAGGUACCUAAUUGUCUUGGAUGACUUGUGGGAUACUACAGCUUGGGAUGAUUUAACAAGACAUUUUCCUGAAUUUAUGAAUGGAAGCAGAGUUAUUAUAACAAGUCGAAUAAUGAAUGUGGCUUUGCAUGGAAAACGCUGCAGUGAUCCUUUUCAUCUUCGAUUGCUAAAUCUAGAAGAAAGUUGGGAAUUAUUACAGAGAAAGGUAUUCGGAGAAGAAAUUUGCCCUGAUGAACUAUUGGAUGUUGGAUAUGAAAUAACCAAAAAAUGUAAAGGGCUUCCGUUGGUACUUCAUCUGAUUGGUGGAGUCAUUGCAACGAAAGAAAAGAAUCACUUAAAGCCGUGCCUGCUUUACCUUGAUGCUAUCCAAAGGAUGAAUAUAUUGAAAUAUCUGAAUUGAAAGAUUUAUGGAGUGCUGAAGGACUAUUGGAACAGAUUGAGAUGAAGAGUGUGGAAGAAGUAGUGGAGGUUCAUUUGGAUGAGUUAGUUUGCAGUGGCUUGGUAAUAGUUUCCAGUGAGAGAGGUAGGGCAUCGAGUUGCCGAAUUCAUGAUCUUGUGCAUGAUUUUUGUUUAAUAAAAGCUAGAGAGGAACAGCUGUUUGAUUUCAUAAGUUCAAGUGCUCCGUCUCCUUCUUCUUCAGAACGGGUGCCACGUGCAAUGAUCAUUCGUUAUGACCGACGUCUUUUUCAUUUGGAUGAAAAUUUUGUCCUCUUCAAUCCAGAAAAGAAAAAUCCUUAUGUUAAACACCUCCUCUCUUUGAAGGUUUCUGAUGGGAAGCACAAUCAUCUUUCCUACAACUGUCACCUAAGACAC